AUGACCAUCCAAUGCCUUCUAGAAUACCUCAACAGCUCAACCGAAGACAAUUCAAUUUCAGCCAUUUGCAUCAGCUCUUUCCGCGGAGCAGGGGGUCACUACAUCGGGACUCGGACAUUUCCGGCGGAUCUCGGGUGUUUCCGGGCGGGCUCUGGGAUCACUGACAGGACUCGGACAUUUCCUGCAGGGCUCGGGUAUUUCCGGCAGAUCUCGGGUAUUUCCGGCCGGGAAGAAGACUCACUGACAGGACUCGGGUCUUUCCGUAGGACUCGGGGGUUUGGUGCUGAGGCUGCGGCUCCAUCGCUGGAGCGGGAGAUAGCUGGCUUGGACUCAGACAGCAUUCCCCAGAUGGAUGACUCUACCUUUCACCACUCCUCAUCAACUCUGAACAGCAAACUUGGCCAUAAUCUGGGAUUACUAAACUUCUUGGACUCACUGGCCAAUGGGACGAUGGAACAUUGUUACAAUGCACGAUCCCGGAGCACUGUGCUUCAAGGGCUUUCCUUUGGAGGAAUCCCCACAGUGCUCGCCAUCAACUUCAUUGUUUGGCUGGUGCUGCUCUUCAUAUUUUCCUGCCUGCGGAAGGCAGCCUGGGACUAUGGGCGCCUGGCUCUGCUAAUGGAUAAUGACAGCCUCACCUCAUUGUUUUAUGGUGAACAGACCGAAAAGGAGAAAUCUCCUUCUGAAACUAGCCCAACUGAACUGGAGAGUAAAGAUGUGGGUUUCUGUUCCUGGUUGACCACACUUUAUCACAUGAGGGACGAUGAGAUUCAGUACAAGUGUGGACUCGACGCCAUUAUCUACCUCUCAUUUCAACGACACAUCCUGGUCCUCCUCACUGUGGUCUGUGUCCUGUCCAUCGCCAUUGUGCUUCCUGUCAACUUCUCUGGGGACCUGUUGGGUAACAGCCCGCAACAUUUUGGCCGUACCACCAUUGCAAAUGUCCCUGCAGAUGAUCGACUGCUCUGGUUACACAGUAUCUUUGCACUUCUUUACUUCAUAGUAACUGUGAUCUGCAUGGGUCAUCAUUCUCUGCAGUUGGAUUACAAAGACAACGAAAAGGUGGCCAGAACACUGAUGAUCUCACAAAUCCCAAAGGACAUCACAGACACAAAUCUCAUUAUUAAACAUUUCCAUGAAGCGUACCCCAGUUGUACGGUGACAGAUGUGCAAUUCUGCUUUGAUGUUCGAGCAUUGAUGAAACUGGACUCUGAAAGACGAAAGGCAAUGAAAGGCAGGCUAUAUUUCACAGCCAAGGCUCAAAAGGAAGGAAAGAUAAUGAUUAAAACCCAUCCCUUGGCCAGGAUCUGUUGCUGUGAUUUCUGUGGGUUUGAACAGGUGGAUGCAGAGCAAUACUACAGUGAACUGGAGGAGAAGCUAACAGAUGAGUUUAAUGCUGAGCGGAAUCGGAUUACCUUGAAAAGGCUGGGAAUGGGUUUUGUAACCUUCCAGGAUGAGCGGAUGACUGCUGUCAUUGUGAAGCACUACCAGCACAGCCGAUGUCGAUAUCAGCCACAGCAGUCCAGUGUCACGACUGUCAUCAAGUCUUAUAGAUGGGAUGUGAGAUAUGCCCCAGCACUGAGCGAUAUUAUCUGGGAAAAUCUGUCGGUACAAGGUAGCACUUGGUGGAUUCGCUGCACACUCCUCAAUAUCUUUCUUUUCCUGCUCCUCUUCUUCCUCACAACUCCUGCCAUCAUCGUCAACACCAUGGACAAGUUCAAUGUUACCAACCCUGUUGAGAGCCUCAAGAAUCCGAUUGUAACCCAGUUUUUCCCGACCCUGCUCCUGUGGACAUUCUCUGUGCUCCUUCCAUUCAUUGUGUACUACUCUGCUAUCUUUGAAUCCCAUUGGACGAGGUCAACUGAGAAUCAAGUGACAAUGCACAAAUGUUAUUUCUUCCUGGUCUUUAUGGUCAUCAUUCUACCAUCGCUUGGCCUGACCAGUCUUGAUGUCUUUUUCCGCUGGCUAUUCGACAUCCAUUUUCUAGAUGAGGCAGAUAUCAAAUUCCAAUGUGUCUUUCUCCCAGAUAAUGGAGCUUUCUUUGUUAACUACGUGAUAACAUCCAGUUUUAUUGGUACAGCGAUGGAAUUGCUACGCAUCCCAGGGCUGCUGGUAUACACAGCACGACUUGCUUUUGCUAAAUCGAAGGCUGAGCAAAUACAUGUGAAAAAGAAUCAGGCCUACGAAUAUCAGUUUGGUCUAGAGUAUGCUUGGACAAUGUGUAUAUUUGCUGUUGUGAUGACAUACAGCAUUACAUGUCCAAUAAUCGUUCCCUUUGGAUUGCUGUACAUGUUGCUGAAACACCUGGUGGAUCGAUAUAAUAUUUACUACGCCUGCGUGCCCACUAAACUCAACCAUCGGCUACACUCUGCUGCAAUCGGCCAAGUCAUCAUUGCACCAAUCCUCUGCAUGUUUUGGCUCCUCUUCUUCUCAGUGCUGAGACUUGGACCAGUCCAACCCAUCACCCUCUUCACCUUUAUCACUCUGCUCCUCUGCAUCAUCUUCUCGCUGUUUGGAUUCUGCAUCAAAGGACUGCACAAACUCCAACCUCAAAACUACCAGAUGGCGGAGCAGGAGUCUGAUGGCGUGUUCACAGAUGGAGAAAGAAGCAGUGUGUCAUCAACACCAAACUCUAAUGUGUUUGUUGCAGCUGUUCUCCAAGAUCCUGAACUGGGACUAAUGCCUGCAGCAUCCCCUGCACAUCAGACCUAUGGGACCAUGGAAAAUCGUGCUGAUGACACCAAAUCUGAGGACUCUGGCCGAAUACAAAGCUCUGAAACAGAUUCAGAGAGACAGCAGCAUGAGCCAACCGCUGGAUCAUUGAUGGACAGUGAGAUCCAGUACCACUAG